CACCAAUCAUGUCCAAGAACGACGAACUCUCCGAACCUCGAGAAGGAGGAGGAGGAAGAGAAUCAGAAUCGGUGGAACACAUCAACGUCGAGCCCAAGGGAACAUCCACAACUACAACAACAAAAACCGGACAAAUCGUAUCCGCGACACCAACAACUACAACAUCGCCCGAGCAGCAACAACAACAACCUCCCACCCAACCCACCACCACCGUCACCUCCCUCGAGCGCAGUAGCACUCGCAAAUUCGCCUACCUCCGCAAACCCCAAUUCUGGUUCGUGCUCCUCCUCUCCCAAGCCCUCGCCGUCACCAUCACCGGAACCAACACCAUCACCUCUCUCCUACGCGAAGAAAACUGGGCCAUACCAGCCUUCCAAUCCCUCUUCAAUUACAUCCUCCUCAAUCUCGUAUAUUCUUCUUUUACAAUCUACCAAUACGGUUUCCGCAAAUGGCUCAAACUCCUCUACAAAGACGGCUGGAGAUAUUUCAUUUUAGGAUUCUGCGAUGUACAAGGCAAUUAUUUUACGGUUUUGGCGUAUAAUUAUACGACGAUUCUGUCUGCGCAAUUGAUUAAUUUUUGGGCUAUUGCUGUGGUGGUGUUGGUGUCGAUUGUGUUUCUCAAAGUGCGCUAUCACUGGUUGCAGUAUGCGGGAAUUCUCAUCUGUUGUGGUGGAUUGGGGAUUUUGGUGGCUUCGGAUCAUAUUACGGGAUCGAAUGGAGGGCCCGCUGCGGAUCCGGUCAAGGGAGAUUUGUUUGCGUUGGUGGGUGCGACGUUUUAUGGUUUGACGAAUGUGGCCGAGGAGUUUUUGGUGUCCAAGAGGCCGAUUUAUGAGGUUAUUGGGCAGUUGGCUUUUUGGGCUAUGCCGAUUAAUGGGGUGCAAGCGGCAAUCUUUGAUCGAGCAUCGUUUCGAUCUGCUACCUGGAAUGGCAAAGUGGGUGGCUAUCUGGUUGGAUACACUCUUCUUCUGGCCUGGUUCUACUCCGCUGUACCUCUUCUUCUGCGCAUGGCAAGUGCAGCCUUCUUGAACAUUGGAUUGCUGACGGGAAAUUUCUGGGGCGUCAUUGUCGGCAUCCGUGUGUUCGGUCUGACGAUUCACUGGAUGUACCCGAUUGCUUUCGUUCUGAUUAUGCUCGGACAUUUCAUCUACUAUGGAACCGAGGGAGUACUAGGUGAAGCAAAGAAGCCCUGGUUGGGAGAGAACCAGGAGGGCGGUAGUGAUGGUAUCGGAAGUGCUCGCCGAAGGCUCCAGAGGCCGAAUGUCAUUCUGUAA